AUGGCAACCCUCAAGGGAGGUCGGACUCCGAAAAGGAAGCCACCUGUUUCCGCACCAAAGGGGCCCCUGGAGGUGCCACUGCCCACGGAGAAGGACUGGCCUGAGGACCAUGACGCGGAUUACGUCCUCAAGGACCCGGAUCAGGAGCUGGAGUCCCUGCCCCAGCCUUUUCGGAUGAUCAGCAAGCUGGUGACCCUUCUGUUUGAGCAGACUUGGGAAGCUAUCGAGGAGAGGGAUGCGCUGAGGGAAGCCGAGCGCAACCGGGUGCAGCCCACCGUGUACCCUCCUGUCGCAGAAAUUCAGCUCAACAAAAUACCCAAUUGUAUGGCUAUUUCCCAAGACUAUCUGUUUAUUGGAGGAGCCAAAGGAUUCUCCAUCUAUAAUCUGUACAAUGCUAAACGAAUAUAUGUUUGGGAGAAGUUUAAGGUUGAUGUCACGUCCAUCUGGGCCACGGAUCUGGGGAGCGAGAUGCUCAUUGCUCCUGUGGAUGAACUGGGUGUCAUUAGACUGUUUUAUUUGUACAAGGAUGGUCUUUUCCUAAUCAAAGCCAUUAAUGAAGCGGAUGACGCCAGCAAGCAGACCACCUGUAUGAAGAUGGAGCUCUCGCAAGGAGGGGACUUCGCAGCCUUCCUUCUGCAAGGAGGUGGAGACGUUUGGCUGGAUGUGUAUAAAUUGCCCAAGGACUCUUGGCUCAAGGAAGUGGAGCACUACCAACUCACGCAAAACCCAAAGAAGAAAGUCAGACAGCUGCAACUGAGCACACUCGGUCCCAUCACUCCAGAUAAUUUAGAAACGGAUAUGAGUAUGUCUUUUAAAGGAGACGUUAAAUUGAGUUUUCCAAUUCACAUAAUGAAAAUCAAGCCACCGAAGCCCAUUGCAGGCACCCUGUUUAAGAGCCCUCUGGAAGCCUUCGCAAAGAUCGAGGACUGCCAUGGGCUGGGCUCUGGGCAGAAUCACUUCAUCAAGGACAGCCAGUGGGAGCAGCAGGCAGAAAUCUUCAACACUUCCUACAAGAAGUUCCUGGAUGGGGAGGGGGAGGAGGAGCCUCUCAGCAUGGCCACGUUCCACUUCUUCCUUCCCAGCUGCGUAUUUGCUGUGCCAAUGGAAGCCAAGAGCUCCUUUGCCUCAGGAGUAGCCUGUGUCCUCGGCGUACGUUGGACUGGAAGUCACAAUUUCUUCCUCUACUCGCUGAACCGAACUCUGAAGGAUAAAGUUGACCACGAGGGCGUGUGGCCCUGUGCUGCGCCCAUCACAGUCUCUGAGCUCAGCUGCUCCUCCUCUUACCUGGUGCUGGCCUGCGAGGACGGCGUGCUUACACUCUGGGACCUGGCUGUAGGCUUCUCUUUUGGGGUCGUCGCUCUUCCCAAGGGGUGCGUCUGCCAAAGCGUGUACUUCCUCAAAUACUUCUUGGAACGUGACGGACAGAACGUGUACCCCGAGACGCCAGUGAAAUCCCAAAUGAUAUGCGUGGUGCUGUGCACCGACUCCUCCCUCUACCUGGUGACCGCCAGAGGGACCCAGGGACCCUCCCUCCGCGUGCUUGUCGAGAGGCCUGAGAAGCACCUGGAUGAAGCUAUCUGUGCGGUGGCCCCGGUCCGAGCCCUGCCUGGUAUGGUGCUCAUCUUUACCAAGAAUGGUUCCAUGUCCCUCAUGAACGUGGCCAAGUCUGAGGUCGUCUGUGCCUUUGCUCCCCCCAGGCCCCACCGCGUGGCGGUCCCCUGGAAACCUGUGUUUCUUGUGUCCAUACAACUUCCAUUUUUCCUGCUCCAAGGAGACCGUCCGGAUGAUGCGAAGUCCGAGGAGGAGGCUGGCGACACCCGCAAUUCUGUUUUCUACUUUAACUUCGAGGCCUACCCACUCCUGGAAAACCUCUCCAAAAAUUGCACCAUUCCCCAGGAGGGCCUGCUGGAGACCGUGGCCUUCCCCGAGGCACUGCCGCUGGAGAGAAGGUGUGAGCUGCUGCUGCAGAAGAGCUUUCAGAUGCUGGAGAAGAAGCAGCAGCAGGUGCAGGAGCGCGAGCACUGGACCCGACUGCGGAGGUAUUCCCUGCUCCUGCAAAGGGAGAACUUGGGAAGCGACCCCCGCCGCCUGGGAGCGCUGUGA